UGUGUGCUUUAAAUACUGGGCGGGUACUCUGGUCGUGUCUGAACAGCUUGCGGCUCACAGAAAGUCGCUUACUCGACAAGCAGAGAGAGAGAGAGAAUUACUUCUCAGGUUUUCGGCUUACAAAAUGACUACAGCUGCCGAAUAUGGAGCCACUUCUUGGGAGCUCUGUGUGCAAGUGGAGCAUCAGUAUGAAGGCGAACCAAAAGAAUUUAAUAUCCGAGUCACAGGAGACCUCCACAUUGGGGGACUGAUGCUCAAAUUAGUCGAAAAAAUCCAGAUUCCUCAAGACUGGUCAGACUACGCUCUUUGGUGGGAACAGAAGAACUGCUGGCUGUUGAAGACCCACUGGACACUGGACAAAUAUGGAGUGCAGGCUGAUGCUAAUCUUCUCUACACACCUCAGCACAAGGCUCUGCGGCUGCAGCUGCCAAACAUGAAGACUGUAAGGCUGAAGGUCAGCUUCUCCGCUAAGGUUUUCAAGGCCGUCACUGAAAUCUGCAAAACCCUAAAUAUCAGAAGGUCAGAGGAGCUGUCCUUACUGAAGCCACUAGAUGAACCACAGAAAAAGAAGAAGAAGACAAAAGAGAAAAGCAAUGAUCCAAUUAUUGAAGACAUUUUAAAUUUGGACAACACUGCAGUCACACCAGGAACUGCAGCAAGCCCUGGUCUGUACAGUAAAACCAUGACACCUAUAUAUGAUCCAGUCAACGGAACUCCAGCGUCUUCUACUAUGAUGUGGUUCAGUGACAGUCUACUAACAGAACAGAACUGCAAUGUCCUGGCUGUCAGCCAGUCAAACUGCCCACCUGAAAAACUAGCAAAGCUCUACCAGCCACUAUCGUUAGUUGACAAAGCGGCAAUAAAUGCAGGAUGGUUAGAUUCAUCCCGCUCCCUCAUGGAACAAGGCUUUCAGGAGGAGGAUAAACUUCUGUUGCGCUUCAAGUACUUCAGUUUCUUUGACUUGAACCCAAAAUACGAUGCUGUCAGAAUAAACCAACUCUAUGAACAGGCACGGUGGGCAAUACUUUUGGAGGAAAUUGAAUGCACAGAAGAAGAGAUGUUCAUGUUUGCCUCACUGCAGUACCAUAUAAGCAAGAUGUCCAAGUCUUCCGAACCGCAAAGUUAUUCAAAUGAGCCUGACAUAGAUGAAGUAGAAGCUGCCCUAGCUAAUCUAGAAGUGACACUUGAUGGAGCACAUUCAGACAGAAUGCUGGAGGACAUCACUGAUGUACCAAAGCUUUCUGAUUAUCUGAAGCUUUUCAGGCCCAAAAAGCUGACCCUGCGAGCAUAUAAAGAGUACUGGUUUGUUUUUAAAGACACCUCCAUAUCAUACUACAAGAAUAUGGAAUGUGCUCGAGCAGAGCCCAUUGAACAGCUGCACCUAAGAGGUUGUGAAGUUGUACCCGAUGUUAAUGUCUCAAGCAAAAAAUUUGGAAUCAAACUCUUAAUUCCUGUAGCCGAUGGCAUGAAUGAAAUCUACCUGCGAUGUGAAAAUGAGAAUCAGUAUGCCAAAUGGAUGGCUGCAUGCAUGCUGGCUUCCAAAGGGAAAACGAUGGCCUACAGCUCCUACCGAACUGAAGUCCGCAACAUUCAGUCUUUCCUGAAAAUGAAGGACCUAAACUCCGCUCAAGCGCAAGCUGCUCCGAAUCUAGAAGCCAUGGAGAUGAACUCAGAAUGCUUUGUGUCUCCCAGAUACGUGAAAAAGUACAAAAACAAACAGCUAACAGCACGUAUCCUGGAAGCACAUCAGAAUGUCUCACAAAUGUCUCUUGUGGAAGCCAAGAUGCGCUUUAUACAAGCAUGGCAGUCGCUACCUGAGUUUGGCAUCAAAUACUAUAUUGUAAGGUUUCGAGGAUGCAAGAAAGAUGAGCUGUUGGGGAUUUCCUACAACAGAUUAAUAAGGAUAGAUAUGAGUACUUGUCUUCCAAUAAUAACCUGGCGGUUCUCGAACAUGAAGCAAUGGAAUGUAAACUGGGAGAUUCGUCAGGUUGCAAUUGAGUUUGAUCAGAAUGUGUCAAUCGCAUUUGCCUGCCUGAGUUGCGACUGUAAGAUCGUCCACGAGUACAUUGGAGGGUACAUUUUCCUGUCAACCCGAUCCAAGGAUCAAAAUGAAACUUUAGAUGAAGAACUUUUCCAUAAGCUUACAGGAGGCCAAGACUAAGAAUGUGUUACUGUUAGCUUAUUCCAAAUGUAUGAGCACAGUGAAUCCAACGGAGGAUUCCAACCUGCUAUCAAAUCACACUCGUUUUUGAAGAACCAAUUUGGAGUUGGGAAGACCUAGAUGACGACAUUUCUUUGUAAAGCAACAGUUUAAAGCAGAUGUAUAAUAGUACUACUUUAAUCACUGGCCAAUUUAAAUCCAUGUUUUCUGUAACAAAACAAACUCCAGAUGAAACUGACUAAGGAUGCAUUUGGUUUGCUAAAAACAUUUUGAUAUAUGUAAUACACAUAACAGGGUCUGUUCAAAUAUUCAAAUAUUGAAAAUGUUAGUGAUUUAAAGAAUGGCAGCAACAUACAAAGGAUUUUUUGGACAGAUAAAUACAUUUUGAAAGUUUCCUCGUGAAUAAAGUUUUUUCUGAUGAUUUUCCAAGUUGGAAAUGAGUUUACAGAAAUUCUUCAAGUCCCAAGUUCCAGUAAUUAUUUUGUACCUGCUGUGUUUAGAAGAAACGCAUGUCCUGUGUUGUCUGCAUCGAAGUGUCACAUUUUUAAAUUUGUAAUCACAUUUGAGUCAUAUUAGCUGGGGAAUAUCUUUAUAAACAUUUACUAGGGAGUUUGCCAGGAGAAAGAGAGUUUAUCUUCUAAGGAUCACAAUGUAUCCAGAUUAUGCUGCAGUGUGGAGUAGUGGUUAGGGCUCUGGACUCUUGACUGGAGGGUCGUGGGUUCAAUCCCUGGUGGGGCAAACUGCUGCUGUACCCUUGAGCAAGGUACUGUAUAAAUGGGUAAUUGUAUGUAACAAUGUGUAAAACAAUAAAAAUAAAUAAAUAAUAAUAAUGUGAUAUCUUGUAAGUCGCCCUGGAUAAGGGCAUCUGCUAAGAAAUUAAUAAUAAUAAUAAUAAUAAUAAUGCUCCCUCCUGCAACAUUGCUGGAUACACUGCGAUGUUUAGAAGAAAAAAUACUUUCUCCUAGCAAUCAUUCCCAAAAGUUGUAAAAGUAAUCCCCUAGUUCAGGGAUUUUCAACCAGGGGUACGCAGGACACCUCAGAAAUGUACAAAUAUAUUGGAUUAUAUAUUCUCAAAAACACUGUGUGUAAUUAUUUAAUCUUUGCUUAGCAGCUCAAAGUAAACCGCAUAUGAAAAUAAAUAUACAGAAUCUAUCGUGUCCACAUUUUCCACCUGUACGCGUGCGUGAUUUCGAUUGCGUGGCUUUUAUAGAGGUGAAGCAGGCGUCUGCCGAUUGUGCCUAUGGAGAGUGCGCUGUGCUGCUCCUGAUUUUUGCUGUUUGCUGUUUUUGACACAGUUUUUUUUUUUUUUUUUUAAAGAAGUAUAAAUGAUCCGGUAAACAUAAAUAGUAGGCUAAUCACAAUACUCAUACUUCGACGGGUUUUGUUUUAUUUAUUAUCGCGGCUGCAUUUUAGCAACAGCAAUAGAGGCUGAUUAAUUAUGUUGUCUGUGUUUGAAAUGGAUGCAUUUUUUACUUGCAUAACAAACACAAAUAAUUAUGCAGAGGUGGGAAGUAAAUGGUAACGUGAUAAACAUUUACAUUGCAGACUGUUGUAUUAGUAUAAUGAUUUGCCAAAUAGAAAGCACAAGUGUUUCCAAAGAUAUUCCUAAAUACUGUCUUUUAAUUCUGUGCAUCCAAAGAAAUGUUAUUAAGUUUUAAGGAUUAAGCCUACUGUUUUGGAAUUCUGUCUUAAACCAGCAGUUUGUCAGCACCAGACUGUUGUAAAAACUGAUAUAUUAAAUAAACAGGGAAAAAUGUGUUAACCAGAUUAUUCAGCCUCUAAUUGCAAUUCAGUUAGCGAAAAUUGUAAAGAGUACUUUAGCUGAUCACUUCCCGACAGAAGGGGUACAGUUUCAAAAAAAGGUUGAAAAUCCCUGCCCUAGUCGAUUUACUUCUGAUAUUGAAAUAACAGUAUCAAAGCAAUCACGAUUAUGUUGAAAAAUGUAUUGCUGCGAUAUGGACAACACAGGGUAAAGCAAAGGUAAUGUGUUUCUUGUAAACACUGCAGGGGGUUCUUUAAAACUUUAACUAUAUGCAAACAGCAUGAAAAUGUAUUGGUCUUGUUUUUUUAAUAUAUAUAUAAUGUGGUUUUAACACAACACAAGUAUUGAUGUGUAGGCUGUACAAAGGCUAACGUUAUGCUUUCUUGGCUUUAACAACACCUGCUGGAUUUCUGUCAACGUGGCCUGGUUCAUUGUACUUAAUUUUCUUUUAAACCUUCAGAACAAUUAAAAACCUUAAAACCAUGCCUAAUGGAAGAAGCUGGUAAUACCCAGAAUAUGUUAUUUUCACCUGUUAUAAACUACAUUGAAAGGGAUGGGCUUUCUGUUUCUGUAAGUCUAGUUAUGAAGUUAAAUUUAGUAAGAAAAAGUACCAAUAACAUAUUAAUGUUGGUAGAUUUUUAAUAAUGUUCUUUAUCUGUUGCCUUCAAAAUAGGUACACAAAUAAUAUGGGCACGUUACAACAGUAAUGCAGUAUUUUACAUGAAGCCUAUUCCGCACCAAGGUAACUUGGCAUUAUGCAAUCUGCCAGCUUCAUGCUUUGUUAUAUAUUUGACAGCAGCAAUGAAAAGUGUUCUGCUAGAUACAGUACUCCGGUGUUACCUCAAACCCCAUUUGAUACCAGAACCCCAUUUAGAACACUCUUUAUGUUUGGGGACGGGUGUUUUUUUCUACUAGUGCAAGCUGUCAUGUAAGACUACUUCACUGGUUAGAAUAUAAAGAAUAUAAAGUUUGCUUGACAUUUAUGUACUUUGAUUGUAGGUAACAGUUUCUUAGCAGAAAAACAUUUAUGUAAAUAAAUUAAUUAUUAUACAA